CGCAUCGCAAUACCAAUGUGAACCCUCCACCCCCCACUCCUUCAAGGAACCAACUCUGGUAGGUGCCAUGUGCACUUUGCCUACCACAACUCCAACUGCAAACGCAUGUCACUAGCGCUGAACCCCCGUCCCCACAUCGUGCGCCUACUUGACGGCCGCUAGAAACCAUGGCAGGCACGCGAGGCCGAUUGCGCAAGACAAAUGACGCGCCAACCCCGCGACGGUCGUUGCGCAAGAGGGACACGCAAGCAGAGGAGCAAGACGACCUGCCUGACGUUCUGCGGGAAAUGCUGCACGAGGAGCGCGUCGCAAAGAGAGCCGCGGACGAUGAAGACGAGAAGCCGCUGAAGAAGCGCAAGACAGCGCAUGCCCAGCGAACUUCGAGUCCGGCCCCGCAAGCUCAGGUCGUCCAGCCUGUAGUCAAGGCUGCGACUGCACGGCCGUCCAGACCUGCACCACCAUCACUGCCGCCCGCGCUGCUUCCAUACGAACCACCACCACACAAUGCGCCGUCACACCAGCCUAGUCGUGUUCUACAGACGGUCGAGGACUCUGAUGAGUCCGACGGUGACAGUGAUAUGGAGUGGGAAGAUGCGCUGGGCGGGGGAGGGGACAGUGACGACGAAACUGAAGCGAAAGCUGCGCCUGAGAUUGGCGAUGUCUCCAUCACAAUAGGCGGCAGCAGGAGUGAGGAGGUCUCGACGAAGAAGAAGGUGCGGCGACGGGCAAUCACGUCGGUGGAUAGGAAAAGGCGACUGGACAUACACAAGAUGCACAUUCUGUGCUUGCUAUACCACGUCCACCGCAGAAAUACCUGGUGCAACGAUGCAAGGGUGCAGUCUGCUCUGCGCAAGUUGGUCGAGCCUGCGAUGUUGACGAACCUCGUGCCGGACCCUGACCUCACACAAUACUCGGCAUCGAAACGCUUCGUCGAUGCUCUGAACCAUCUCAUGAUCAUGUGGUCCAAGCGAUUCAGAGCUACUGCGCAGGGCAUGUCGAAACCAAAGUGGGCAGAACCUGGCGCAGAAGUGCGGCCGUUUUCCGACUUCGACGAGCUCGACAGUGCCAUGGAUAAGGACGACUUUCGUACAGCGGCACGCACUCUGCAAGGCUCGUGUGACGUCGGCGGCCAGCUGUUCUGCGCUCUACUGCGCGGCAUCGGUAUCGAGGCUCGUUUGGUCUGCUCACUGCAAGAGCUACCAUUCGCAUCCGCAGCACAGCCGUCUACGCCCCAGAGACCCAGUCAACCCACAAAGACCAUCACCGUAGACCCCUACAACAAAAGCCCGGCGAAGAGCUCAGCGCCUGCGCGCAGCAAGAAGCUCUCUCGCCUCGAACGCAUCAUGGGCGAACGCCAUCCUGUGCUGAACAAAGCAGGCACGGGACCGAAGAAGCUGAAGGCAUUCCACACACCCUAUCCAGUAUACUGGGUCGAAGCCUUCAACUCCGCGCACCAGAAAUGGGUGCCCAUCGACCCGCUGUCAACAUUCACCACCAACGACCCGGAGAAACUAGAGCCACCGUUCAGCUACAUGCAGAACAGCCUGACCUACGUCAUUGCAUUCGAAGACGACUACACCGCGCGCGACGUAACCCGGCGCUACGCAAAAGCGUACAACGCCAAAACGCUGAAAUUCCGCAUCGAAUCCACCCCCCGGGGCUCACAGUGGUGGACGCGUACCAUGAAGUACUUCACCCGCCCAAACCCCCUCCCGCGCGACACCGCAGAAGACACCACUCUCGCGCGCAAAGUAGCCGCCGAAGGGAUCCCCAAAAACGUGCAGGACUUCAAGAACCACCCCGUCUACGUCCUCGAGCGGCACCUUAAGCACAACGAGGUCAUAUACCCGUUGGAUGUAGUGGGGAAGGUGAAUGUCGGCAGCUCCAUGAACCCGCGCAUGGAGCCCAUUUAUCGACGGAAGAAUGUGCACACCGUGCGCUCCGCAGACAAAUGGUACCGCAUGGGCCGCGACGUUUUACCGGGUGGUCAACCACUCAAACACGCAAAACCCAAAAAGGGGCGCUUACCUUCCAUCGGCCCCGACGAGCGUGUCGAAGACCAAGCUGAUGAGGUUGGCGCGGCGCUGUAUGCAGAGUUCCAGACAGAGAUCUAUGUUCCACCGCCGGUCGUAAGGGGCAGGGUACCCAGGAAUGUGUACGGCAAUCUGGAUCUGUAUGUCCCCUCUAUGUGUCCGCCUGGCGGUGUGCAUGUGCGACAUAAACUCGCUUCCAAAGCCGCGCGCAUCUUGCAGGUCGACUACGCGGACGCGGUUACGGGGUUCAGUUUCAAGGGGCGGCAUGGCACGGCGAUUGUUCAGGGCGUUGUUGUGGCGCAAGAGUACGGCGAGGCUGUGAAUGAGGUCAUUGGGGGUAUGGAGUAUAUGCAGGAACAGGCUGAGGUGGAUGCUAGGAGGGCUGAGUCGCUACGACUCUGGCGUCGCUUCUAUCUUGGCUUGCGGAUUGCUCAAAGAGUCAACGAUAUCGAGAUCGAUGGUCAAAGAGGUGACGUUAUAGAUGUUCAGGCGUCUAUCAAUUACGAAGAGCAGCGCAAACAGGCUGAUGACAUGGCUGGUGGUUUCUUGCCCGACGAUUCUACCUACGUCGAGCCUUCUCCUCUGCCAAGGGGCAAGCCAAAACCGGACAUCGACUUCGGUGGUGGCUUUGUGCCCGAGGACGAAGUCGAAGUCGAAGACGGGGUUGAGGAUGAGCAAGAUGGGGAGGGCGUCAAUGGCAAAGUGAACGCAGGAGGUGGAUUCAUACUCAGCCAAGACAAUGACGACAGCGACAUUGAACUUGGUGGCCCCAGUCUCAACCGCCAGGAGUCAUUCGGCAGCGUUAUCCUUGAGUCCCAGGAGCUGCGGCCUAGGAGACGGAGUAGUUUUGGCAAGCCCUACGUAUCCUCCGACACCGGAUCCCAACGGCAUGAUGGAAAGGAUGAGGAUGAAGAGAGUGAGUGGGAAGACCCUGCUGGUUUCGCGAACCUGCACGAUGAGCCGCAGAGCUUGGCGGAUGGAGAUGGUAAGCCCGGACCCGCACUCGAACUACCGGAGCGCGUCGCAGCCCAAUUUGCUCAUGGUGGGGAUACGGGUGGUGGUUUCUUCCUUCCGCCUACGAGGACGGAUACAGAUGUGGCGAUGCACGAUGCGAUAGCACCGUCAGAGAGGCAGCUCGAGAAAGCCGUGGAUGGAAUGGCGGAUACAGAGACAGUCAAGCCUGAGGUCAAGGUCGUACCAAUCGCUGAAGAGGAAGGCGAUGAAAACGCUGAAGCUGAAGCGAUAUCGGCCAGCUCACCCUCGGAAACGGGCAGCUUGCCGCUCGAGGACCCUGAUGAUGAGGACGCGGAUCCCGACUGGCUGGUCGACGCAACAUGAAACUUACACCCGACACUACGGCCGGUCGGUCGCGUAGUGGAACAUUGUAUAUAAUAUGGUAGUACGAUGUAUACGAAGUCUCCUAAUACUGUGGGUAGUGUUGCGUUCGUCCUU